GGGGUGGAACGCGGGGCACCUGCGAGAGUCGUUUCGCGCCUCGCGGCUCCGGCGGGCGGCCGCGGGCGCCGAGCGGUGCGGGGCGCUGUGGGCUGCGUUCCGCGCCUCGCUCUGGCCGACGCGGUGGUCCCUGGAGUCGGCUGCGGACGAGGGCACGGUCGCGUGUGCGGGUCCUGCCCGAACGUGGAGGAAGGGAUUGGUCAGCGCGUUGGCGCGGUUUGGCUUUCUCCAAACAUUGGAGCGGUCUGGCUGCCGGGAGCGGCCGGGUGUCGCCUUGUGUUCCUCGAAGGGGCGCGGGGCUCAGCCCUCUUCUGGGCGACCCGUGCCCUAUGCCGUAGGUCGAUGGCAAAGGCAAUGCCUGUGCCUUGGGUACGUCACCUUCAGAAAACUUACAAAUGGUAUAAUAUCUGUUAAAAUGUGUAUCAUGGAGAGUAUGUGUAUACCUAAAGGAAUUAAUUGAAAUUUUACACAUUUACUGAUAAACCGUAGCACAGUUGUGGAUAGCUUUACUAGCUGAAGUGUGACAAACCUGUUGAUGUGCAAAAAGCUGCCUUAAAAAGAAAUGUGUUUAAAAUGUCUUUAAUGUCUAAAAAACAAGUUUUAAACCAGAUGGCUUGUUGCUUUUAUGUUAUCCGGAACUUAGUUUGCUAUCGUCGAAGAUGAAUGAGUCUCAUUUUAAAUAGACUCGUUUUUGCCGGAUUUUGAAUUUAUACAAUGAAAUUUGUUACUUUUGCAUAAUCCAGUCAUAGUUGAGCCUCUCAGAAAAGGUUGUAGAAUCUGCAAUUAUUUACUUUCUGGGAAGAGGUGAAAAGACAGAAAUCGGCAGGCUGCUGGGUACUUACCCAUGUCCUUUUGUCCUGCACAGCCCUGUGAAGUAGGUAUUAUUCCCACCUCAUAGGUUAGCAGAUGGAGACACAGGUUAAAUAUCUGCCUAAAUUGAAAUGGAAAAGUUUGUAGUCUGGACCCGAAUUUCAAGUGUUUCUGACAAAAGUCCAGUUCCCUGCAUCAUGCCAUGGUACUUGAACGAUAUAACUAUUUACAAGAAAAGCUUGUUAGUUUCCCAAUAUCCAGGUGCAAUGUGAGUGAAAAUGACGUGCUAUGACUCUAAAAAUGUGCUCUCAGUGUGUUCUGUGAUAUAUGGUUUUGAUGGGCAGAUGUGAUUACUCAAUACCUACACCCAACAGUGGAUGUCCUUGCUAUCUCUGUCACUCAUUGGUCCAAGCAUGUAAUUAUUUAGUCCUCAUAACUCCGUGAGGUUUUUACAGGCUUUAAAACCAUGAAAGCACAGACAUGUUAAGCAUGUUGUCCUAAGUCAUACAGCUAAUGAGUGGGGGAGGUGAGACCAAACCCAGAUAUUCUGGACACAAGCCUAAGGUUUUAACCCUAUUUGAUGCUGACUCUUAUGUAACUAGACCUCUGUGACAUUUUCCUUAAAAGUAUUAAAUUUGUAAGUUCGCUCAUCAUAUUGGGGGACAUCCAGAUGGGGAGAUGGUUGAUAGGGUGUCUUUGCUUUUGGGUGGUAGAACUUGAAUUAAACCUUGGUGUUGAAUACCUUGUCCCCAGUGGAGAGACAGCUAGAUAGUGUGUGCUGAGGCUCAAAGAGUGCAGGAUCAGGGUUGAUUUGCAAAUGUGGCACAGAUGUCGGGAGUCCAAGGGGAGACUCGGUGCAUACUGCUCUGUGUCUUUGGCCACGUUUUUUGUUUUGUUUUGUUUUGUUUGUUUGUUUGUUUGUUUUUGGACAGUUUUGAGAAUGAUACAAGCAGGGAAUUGUUGGAGUAUAAGAGCUUGUAAAUGGUAGUUGGCAAAUUUUGUCUGCAAAAGUCCAGGUAUAUGAGACUUUGAGCAAGAGGGCAAGUGGUAAGAGGUGACCUCUGCAAGGUGAGCAGAGUCCUCGUACAUAAGCAGCUUGCAGGCCACGAUAGCAGUUUGUAUUGUAUUGUGCUGUCGUUACAGAAGGGAUUCCAGGUGAUUUUGUUGUUUAAAAUGUUUAUUUGAGAGAGAGAAAAUGAGUGAGCGACUCUACUCCUGUCCACUGGUUCACUCCCCAGAUGACCACAACAUCCAGGACUGGGCCAGGCUGAAGCCAGCAGCCGGAAACUCCAUCCAGGUCUCCUAUGUGGGUGGCAGGGGCCCAACUUACUAGAGCCAUCACUUCUGCUGGCCAGAAUCUGGAUGGGAUGUGAGCAUCCCAACUGCUGACCUAACCACUAGGCCAAAUGCCCACCCCCUAAACAGUUUUUUAUAAAUUGCUUUCAAACCUUUAAGCCAUAGAAAUUCUGGUGGUAUGUAAACUUUUUCAGAAUAUAGAAAGAAAUGGAAGGCUUCCCAAUUAAUUUUGCAUAGGAAUUUGAUGCCAAAUUUUAAUAAUAAUGUAUCAAUAUUGGUUGAUUAACUGUGAGAAAUGUGUCAUUGUCACUACUGGAAGAUCAUUGGAUAGAGAUGCAAACAAUUUCUAACUAAAAUACCAGUGAAUGCUGCUAUCCAUGAUCAGCAGGGUCCCUCACCCCAAGAACAUUAUGAAAGACAUUAAUAUGUUGGGUCAGUAGAUCAACAGAUAAAAAUCAUUUGAUCAUCUGAUAUCAAAGGUCGUUUGGCAUUAUUUAUUAUUGUUUCUGGUUUUAAAAUCAUGUGCAGGGCCGGCAGGAUACUUCUUCAGUGUGCUGUAGAACACCUGGCUGGCCCUGGCUGGCCCUGACUGCCCUCCUUAGUAGAAAAGAGCUAGAGGUGACUCUGUAAAUGCAGAUACGGUUGUUUCUACUUGGUCGCCCCAUUGUUUCUGCUUGUAGGAUUUUAUCCAUAGAGAACCACUUGCACAGGUGCAAGACUGUUUUGCAGUGUUUUUUGUGAGAGCAAAUCUUUAAGGAUAACUUGAAUGUUCAUGAAUUGGGGACUGGUUAAAGUGUAUUUACAGGACAUGGUAUAUCUAAAUGUAUUGAUUUGGGAAGAUUUAUUCAACCAUAGAUUACUUUGACCUGUUUUUGAGCUUUAUAGCAGUUGAGUAAUGUGUUAUCUUUUAUGCCUAACAUUUUCAUUCAAAGUGUGGUUGUGAGAAUCCUCCUUGCUGUGUGCAGCAGUAGUUGGUUUGUUCUCAUCACUGUAAGUCUUCCUUCAUAUGUGUAUACUACAAUUUAAUUACUCAUAGUGUGUAUUAGUUUUAUAACCAGAAAAAAGUAGUUUAAAAGUAAAAUGUGCUUUGAGUUUCAGUUCAAAUUGAAGGUAUUUUGUUAACUUGAAAACUUUUAUAUAACAUUGAUCUGCAUUUAUCCAACUUGACAGCUAAUUCUCCCAGCUCCUUUUGAUUUCUUUCAUUUGGGUCUCUGGUGAUUAAUAUCUCCAGUGUAGAGUGCGAGGGAAACAGGAAAGAGCUGGAACUUGAAUCCCCGAAUUGUGCCCCUGCAUAUUGCUCUGGCUGGCCAAAGUGAAUUAGCUUCUCAUGCAUGUGCCCCCCUGAGUCACUGCACUACAAGCAUUCAGAUCUCCAGUGUAAGACAUGUGGUGGCAGCCAACGCCUCAUCUGAAUUCCAAAUUUCUGUGAUUUGGGACCUUAGCCAAACUGUCAAAUUGGAUUUUUUUUUUGGGGGGGGGCUCCUAUUUCACACGCAUUUUUUGGAUCUGAUGUAAAUUCAACAAAUAAGGCAAUGAUAAUUUCAGAGCUGGAAUGAGCCUUGGAGGUACGCUCAGGAUGCUCACCCCCGGCAGACAAGGAGGUGCUGUUUCUAAUGAUGUGCCCGGUCCACAGAGCAGUGGGGCCAAGCUGGAGCAGAGCCCUCGCUCCCAUUUGGGACGCCCACUGCCUCCUAAGUGCAAAGCCCUCCUGAGCUCCUUUCCCAAAGAGUUAGUUAGCCACUACACCCUCUAGUUCCUGCGGACCCAGCGUUUACCCCGUAGGCUGGCCAUUGCAGAGCAUGCAUUUGCCAACUGCGAGUUGGUGUUUGAUCUGGAUUCUUAUGCCUCGUCACGGGCACUGUAGCCUUUGGGUUUUUAAGGACUUGUUCUAAAUUGCUGUGCCUGCGUUCUUGUUUUGUCACUCUCACAUCCACCCAGGACUCCAAUCAGAGGUGGCAUUCUGAGAGCAUGUCCGUGUAAAGGUGACAUGGGUGGUAAGCUGUGAAGUAACUUCUGUAUGCAUUGCUUUUCAGGAGUAGAAGGUUUGCCAGUCUUAAGUGACCAGGCAGUUUCACAAAUCAAUUCUCCAGCGAGUUUAAAAAUAAUUAGGCCCAACUCAGAGGAAGUGGAUUCUCUGCUGUUGCACAAAAAUGAUGUCUAGCGGCGACAGUGAAAUUGAUGUGAUAAAGACACGAAUAUCUACUUGUGAUGCUAUGGACAAGGAGGAUAGCACUGUACUUUAUGCAUUUGAACCAAACCCUGCCUGUGUAAAGAAUCAGGAACCAGCUUUUAUGUCUGAGGCAGUGAGCCCCAAGGAGCAGCCCAAAACAAUGGUGGAUGUCCUGAGCCAUUGCCAGGUUAUAUAUGAUGCCAUUCAAAGCCUGGAAAAGAAGUGUGAUGUCAUUCAUGGAAAGAUCUCAAAAAUCCAUCGCCGGCGCUCCAGGAUGUUUUGGUGCAGUCGUAAGUCUCGUGGCUAUGCCUACAAGUGUUACGCUAUCCCGUUUUUUAAGAGAGUGAAGCUUCAGAAAAAGGAGAAGAAGGAGACUAUUGGUUCAUUCUCUUACCCUGUUAGUUACAGCCCCACUUUACCGGUGCAAAGGCCGGGAAAUGAUUCCCAGCUCCGUAUGUCAACAUCCAUUCCAUCUCUGGAUGACGGGGGCGACUCAUAUAUCAGGGAGCCCGAUGAGCCGGAGCCGGUCCUCAGGGAGAGUCCAUUUCCCUCCCGCUUCCCACGUUCAUACCCGCAAUAUUUCUCGGAUGAGCCCCUACCGAGCACUUCUGCUGCUGCUCCUCCCCGCUGUGGCAGCCCCGGGAGCCACAGCAUCGCCAGUAUCUUCUCUACACGGGCUUCUGCGCUGCCCCCUAGCAUCAUGGCCUCUGGCCAGCCUCCGCCACCUCCUCUGGAGACUAAACUUUCCACUUCAGGUGCCUGCUUCCCACCUGGUUUUGCUACAAGUUCACCAAUUGAACCACACAACAGUGUCUUGAAGUCAAACUUCACUGAUGAACCUUCAGGCUGGUCUGUGGAAGAAGUGAUCAUGUUCCUGAAACAAACAGAUUCUCAGGCAAUAUCUCCCAUCGCUGACCUCUUCAGGCAACAUGAAAUCGACGGGAAGGCUCUGCUGCUCCUCUCGAGUGACAUGCUGAUCAAGCACAUGGGGCUGAAGCUGGGCCUGGCCGUGAAGCUAUGCCACAGCAUUGAAAAGCUUAAAGAAGAAAAAUGCAGCAAGAUUUGAAAAAAAUGUAUAUUGGUUUAUACAUUUGGGCUUACCAGUUCUUUCUUGAAGUAAAAUCAUUUUUCUGCCCUUAGUUUUGUUUCAUAGAAGGUUUCUCUAAAAAUAUAUCCAUAUUAUAGCCAGAAUUUCAGAAAUAUGUUAUAGUCUAAUUUAAAAGCCACUUAGCAUGUUAGUUUCUGCAUAUUCAAAUAGGAAGUUCAUUCUUUGUCUUUUUAUUAUUUUCACUGAGUAGUUUACAAAUAUACUUUAUUCAUGGAACAGCAAAAACUAUUCCGUUUUGGUUCAUCCUUAUACACAGAACCAAAACAGCUAAAGAGGAAAUAUCGGGGACUGACAACUUUAUUGAUACUGAUAUUUUAUCUGACUUAUUCUGCAGUUUGCUCUUCAUAUUCUACAAGUUUCCAGAAAUAGUCAUUGAAGUUACUUUCCUUUCUAUUAUUAAUUAUCUAUGUUUUAAUUAAGAUUUAGGGGGAAAAUGAAUUAAAUUUAAAUUAAGAUUUAGAGAAAAGAGUACAUAGAGUUUUGUGAAAUAUUCUUCCACUUUUGGAUAGCUUAUAGAUAGAAUGGUUGUUUUAUGCAAGAGACAUUGCACUGUAAGGGGAUUUGGAUGGAGUCUGACUACAUUUUUCUUUCAAAGAAAGUACAUGUUUUAAAAUUGCCAUAUUACCAAACUUGGACGUUUAACAUUGUUCAGAUCUCUCUCUGAAGAUACCUGUAUAUGUCCAGAAUUUUAAAAGGUGUAUGUUUUAUCAUAUGUGUGUGUUCUUCAUGUGAGUACUGCUUCAUAUUUAUAUCUUAUUCUAUAUUUGACGUAUGCACACAAGUAAAUCUUUUACCAUUGAAAAUGGCACUUUGCACUGCCACAGAAGUAAGGAAGCACUAUGUAUCAGUGAGAGGUUUUUAUUCUGUAAAAUACGUGUGCAACAUCUGCUGUCCCCAGCACGUCUCUGCUUCCUCCUAGUUUUUCACUUCCUGCUUUGGGCUUUAUUUAAUAAGUUAGGACUUCAAAGAGGAACAUAGUCAACAGUAUUAUUUAGUUAUUACUCAUUAUUGCUUUGUGCUUAGCCUAUUAUCUCUUGUUAUUACAUCGUUUAACUAUAGGUGUAAUGUUUAUAAGCUAUGAGAAUUUGGUGCAAAUGGUAUUAAACUUCUGUUACAAAUGCCAGUAAAAUGUUUACCAGGGGAAAGAAUAUAAAUUUUCUUUAUAGAAACCAAAUGUAUUUUAUACAUGAAUGCAACUAUUUAAAGAAUGAAUUCAUCUGCUAGCUCUUGUAUAUGAGUAGCUUUUUCUUGUAUUUUAUCUUUGUUCAGAUUGUUUUGAUGAAGAUGCUGUGCCCAGCUGAAUAUUCCUCAGGUGUUUGUAUUAGGUACCAUCUUCCAAUUUUUGGAUUUUAAAAUAUAAUAAAGUUAACCACAAAAGUUACUGUCAAGGCCUCAGAUUUCAUUUCACUCUCUUGCGUUAAUGCAUAAAUUUGUUAAAAGUUGAACAAAGCAAUUCUAGCAAGUAUUUAGCAUUUUUAUGUCCAAAUGCAGGUUUUUGAUUGUACUCCCAGAUGCCUGGAAGCAAAGGGCUGAUCUCUCA